CCAUUAGCAUGUAAUUGGCGUCAACGUCAUCAUACAUAUAUGACACCUUUAUUUACAUUACAAUCACAAUCCAUAAUUGAUCCAUCAAUGUCAACAACAACAAAUUUAAUGACUAUAGAUCCUGUUCAAUUUAUGCAAACAUUAAGUGAAAAUAAUAAUAAUAAUGCAGAUCAACAACAACAACAAUCAUCUAAUUCAACAUCAUCAAUGAUUUUACAAACACAAGAAAUAUCAAAUAGACAACAAUUUAUUCCAACACAAAUGUUAGAUAAUAAUAAUAAUACAAAUUAUAAUUGGCUUAAACAAACAAAUACAUUAGAUUCAAUAAAUACAUUUAUGUUACCAACAUUAUCAACACAAACAAAGAAAACAACAUCAUUAAUUGUUGAUGUUGAUAAUACAAAUAAAAAAUCAAAAACAAAUACACAAACAAAUAUACAAAAUCAACAGAACGAUGAAGAAGAUGAUGAUAUAUUUAGACUUAAAAGAAGAUUUCUUAAAGAUUCUGGACAAUUACAUGCUGCUUAUUUUGCUCGAAGACAAAAUGAAAAAAAAGAAAAUGAAAAACAAUUUCUAAAUGAAAUAAAAUUAAAACAAGAAAAUCAAGUUGAAAAAUAUCGUACAUAUCGUAUUGGUGAAUUACCUGAUAUACAAAUACGUUAUAGUGAUAUUAUAAUACCUUUACAAGCACUUGCUCAAUAUGAUAAUCAUAUAGCACGUUUAUUAUAUGCAAGUUUAUUUACAUCAAUAUUAAAUUCAUUAGAAGAUAAAUUAUUACCUGAUGAAUAUUUUAAUUUAAUUCAAACAAUUCAACAUCGUUUUGAUGUUAUGUUAUCACAAUCAGAAAUUUUCUAUCCAUCAUUUGUUGCUGCUUUACUUGAUAUUGUUUUAUCUAAACCUGAACAAAUACAAAUAUCAUCACAAUAUAUAAGUGCAUCAACAAUUUCAAGUCAUUUAGAAUCAGUUGGUAUAUUAACAAUUGAAUGUUUUAUACGUUUAAAUCAACAAAAUGAAUCAAAACUAUAUAUAAAUGGACCAUUAAAAAAAAAAUUAAAAUCUGAUACAGAUUUAAAUAAUCAAUUAUAUAAAAAAAUUGAUCAAUGGCUUGAAUUAGCUAAAUGUUAUCGUUCAUUAGCUAAUUAUGAUGAUGUACGUGGUAUUUUUUCUCAAACACCAGGUUUAAAAUCUAUAACAUUACGUGCUAUUGAAGAAGAAAGUCAUACAGAUUUUUUAUUAGCUUUAAAUAGUUAUGUUACAGCAUUAGAACAAUAUCCAUUAACAGAUGAAACAUUAAAUGAUUCAAUAUUAGAAUUAGAACAUGAAUUUUGGACACAAUCAAUGUUAAAUUGUUGUAAUCAAUUAAAUAAUUGGACAAUUAUGUCUAAACAUAUAUUUAUUGAUAAUACAACAUUUGAUACAUUAUGGUCAAAUGCACAUCAAUUAAAUUAUUUAAUGCCAUAUGCAAUACGUGCUAAACUUAAAUUACUUAUAACAGGCAAUGAAAAAGAACAAUUAGAACAAAAUGAUCUUUGUCAAUUUUUUAAUAAUUUAUCAACAAAUUCAAAUAAUACAAUAAUAACAGGAAAUUCUGAAACAACAUUUGUUAAACGUUCUUAUAUUGAAAAACAAUAUCCAUUUGAAUUAGCAACAUUUUUUCUUUAUCAAAAAGAUUUUGAUCGUGCAAAAUAUUAUAUUCAAUAUGCUAAAGAACAAUUUUUAUUACGUUGGUCAACAUUAAGUCGUUUAAGUGAAUAUGGUCGUAAAACAACAAUUCAAUUAAUUCAACCUUAUUAUGAACUUGAUCAAUUUCUUGUAUUUAUUGAACAAAAUUUACCAUUAUUAAAAUCUCUUGAAAAUCGUUAUUUAACAAAUAAUAAAAAUGAUACAACAACACGAGAUUUAUUUCUUGAACGUGUACAUUAUGAUUUAUUAUCACAAUGGCAAUUACCAGAUGUUAUACGUAGUUCAAUACAAACAUGGGAUGAUAUUGUUACAAAUCGAUCAUUAUUUUUAGAUAUUCUCGAUGAAUUAAUUGGUGGACCACGUAUGACAUUUACAAGUCGUUUAAAAGCAACUGAAUUUGAUCCAUUAUUAAUUGAUUAUAAAGUUCAAUCGUUACUUGAUAUGUCAUAUUGUGCAUUACGUCAACGUAAUUUUAAAUUAGCUUUAACAAAAUUAAAUGAAACACGUCAUCGUCUUGAUUUAUGUCAAAAUCCAUUAAUAAAAUCAAUAUAUUGGAAUGAAAUAUAUUGUGAUGUACAUUUAAAACGUCAUCAAAUACAAUCAUCAACAUCAACAUUAUCAAGUUUAUUAUCAACAAGUGUUGCAAAAGAAUUAAAAAAAAUGGAAAUUAAAAUUUCUGCAUUAAAAAUCAUUGAUCAACAAACAGCACAAUUAAAUUCAAAUUAUAUACAAUUAAAUUCACAAUUUUGUCGAACAAUUAUUGAUUUUUUACUUGCACAACCACAAGGUUAUUAUAAUUAUGAACAAGAUGAAAAAAUUCCACAAGCUAAACAUAAACAAUUAGAAAUGUAUUUAUAUGGAUUAGAAAAUAAUAAUGAUAAUCAAAUUCAACAAGCUGAUUUAUUAAUUUAUGAAUUAUUUAAUAAAUGUAUAAAUAUAUUAAAAGAAAAUAUUGAAAAACAAGAAACUGAUUUACAAAAUCUUUCAACAUCUAUUCGUCUAGCAAAAGAAAAUAUUCUUAGUCGUGAUUAUAAUGAAUUAGCAAGUAUAUGUGAUGAUUAUUUACGUCGAUAUGAAAAUAAUGAAGAUGAAAAUAAUUUAUUAACAAAUUUAUUUAAUGGUGAUCAUGGAAAUAAAAUAGCUGAAUUAAUUGUUAAAUCUGUUUUAUUAUCAAUGAAAUAUGGUUCAAAUGAAGGUGUUAAACGUUUUUCACGUUUAUUACAAAUUGUCGAUUUAUAUCCAAAUACAAUGAAUUUAAUUGCUGAUAAAUUACAAGAAAUUCCUUGUUGGAUGUUUUUUGAUUGUUUAUAUCAAAUAACUGCAUAUUUAGAUAAACCUAUUGCCCUUAAAUUAUAUCCAGUAAUUGAACAAAUUGUAAAACUUUAUCCACAAUCAAUAGUUUAUCCAUUUAAAUUAAGUUAUGAAACAUUACAAUAUUCAAUUCAAGAUCCAAUAUUAAAACAAAAUCUUGAAUUAAUUCAACAACAAUUAAAUCGUUAUACACCACUUGUUAAUGAAUUUAUUGAAGCAUUAAAUCAAUUAAAUCCUCAACAACAAUUUGAUACAUGGUCAAAAGAAUUAUUUCAUUUAUUAACAUCUGAUUCAAAUACACGAGAUAUUAUUAAACUUCAAGAACAUUUAAUUAAAUUUAAACAAAUACUUUUUUCUGAUAUAAUUAAUCUUGAUGAAACAAAUGAUGAACAAUUAAUAUUAUCAAAUACACAAGAUAAUAAUGAUAUAGAUGAUAAUACAUUAUUAAAACCUAAAAUAACAUCAAUAAGAAUAUUAUUUAAAAAUACUGUUGAAAAAGAAUUUAAUGAUUUAUUUGGUAAAAAUGGUGAAUUAUUAUCAACAAUAUCAUUAGGUGAUACACGUUUAAUAUUAGGUAAUAUAUCAUUAAAAUUAAAAAAUAUUAUACAAGAUAAAACAAAUAUCAAUGAUUAUUCAACAUGGUUUUCAUCAACAUUUCGACAACAAAAUCGUAUAUUAGAUAAAUCAUCUAUACGUGAAUUAGAAAUACCUGGACAAUAUACAAGUAAAAAAAAACCAUUAAUGGAACAUCAUAUUAAAAUUGUUGGUUUUGAUGAAAAACUUUUGGUACUUCAUUCAUUACGUUUACCAAAACGUAUAACAAUACGUGGACAUGAUGAAAAUGAUUAUAGAUUUUUAGUUAAAGCUGGAGAAGAUAUACGACAAGAUCAACGUAUUGAAGCUUUAUUUUCAAUUAUGAAUGAUCUUUAUGAUAAUGAUCCAAAUUGUAAUCAAUCAAAUUCAGCUCAUAUUGCUGUACGAACUUAUAAAGGUAAUUAG